AUGGUCGCGUUUUGCGAUUCAACGCACGGCCGCCAUGGAUAUUCAGGGAGGAUUACGAGACACUUCCACAUUGCCGAACGUCUGCGCGCGCAGACGGCCCGCGGACUGUCGGACGGACGGUCAGCUGAGCGGCGGAAACAGGACGUGACGUCACGGGAUGUUAUCGUAGGUUGCUGGUCUAUUUUAAUUCAGCCGGCGGCGAUGGCGGGAGACUCUGUGGUCCGAAGGAAGGCAGCCGGCGUCACUGUUGCACGAAUGGGCAGGUCCGUCCGGCGGCGAGCACGCCUCGCUCUCGACGACGCCUCGGCCCACUCCACUCUUUUUAUUUCACCUCCACGAUACCUGGCCGGCCCCCCGGCACGCUUCGGCGUCAACGAAACGCACCCCCAUCCAACGCCGCUCCAGUGUUUGCGGAGCACACGGCGGAGGGUACCCGAGCAGCGUUGGGUCGCAACGGCCGAGUUUCUCGGAACAUCUCAUAAUAGAGAGUGCAGCGAAUCGGUCACG